AUGGAUUCUACAAAAAGACCCCAUGUUGGCAUUGUGGGAGCAGGCAUGGCAGGUUUGCGGAGUGCCGGCUAUCUACUCGAACUCGGAUUCCAAGUCACCAUUCUAGAGGCAAGAGACCGUCUCGGCGGAAGGAUAUAUCAAGAAAAGCUCCCCAACGGACAUCUUGUGGACAUGGGAGCAAAUUGGAUUCAUGGAACGAAAGAAAACUCCAUCUUCCAGCUCGCCAAGGAGACAGGCACUAUCACGACCAACUGGGACGGUGACGCAGCAGUGUUUGAUGAACACGGCGAUAUACUUCCAGCGAAGAUAAGCGAGAGGUAUUCCACAAUAAUGUGGAAUAUCAUUGCGGAGGCUUUUCAGUACUCGGACAAGCACAGUGCCGAGAUUGACAGUAACCGAUCACUUUUGGAUUUCUUCAAGGAGAAAGUGGCAGAGCAAAUUCCGGAAACAGAAGAGGACUAUGCAAGGAAAAGGAAGAUUGUGCUCCAGAUGGCAGAAUUAUGGGGCGCUUUCGUGGGCAGUCCUGUUGAGAAACAGAGCCUCAAGUUCUUUUGGCUGGAGGAGUGUCUGGACGGAGCAGAAAACCUCUUUUGCUCCGGCACCUACCGGAAAAUCAUGGAAAAGAUUGUAGCCCCCGUCGUAGACGGCGGUGCCGAUAUCAAACUCCAAACCAGAGUCGCUGAAAUCUUUGGCAAGUCAAGCACAGGCAGCAACACCGUCAAAGUCAAAACAACCGACAACCAAUACUACGAGUUCGACGAACUCGUCCUCACCACCCCCCUAGGCUGGCUCAAGCAAAACCUCCAGGCUUUCCACCCCCCACUCCCUCCCCGCCUAACCACCGCCAUCCAAAGCAUCGGCUACGGUUGUCUCGAAAAAGUCUACAUCUCUUUUCCCAAAGCCUUUUGGCUUGAACCUGACGCCUCCAACAACAACAACAACGACAAUAACAACAAGAACCACCGCACAGUUAAAGGUUUCUGUCAAUGGCUCUCGCCCUCCUACGCCUCCGCGACCAAUCCCUCCCGCUGGACCAACGAGAUCGUCGAGCUCGGCUCCAUCGACCCGUCCGUCGCCCACCCGACUCUGCUCUUUUACAUCUACGGCGCCGAGUCCGAAUACGUAACCUCCAAGGUCCGCUCCCUUUCUUCUUCUUCCUCCAGUUCCGAUUCCGGUGCCGAUAAGAACGGCUGCAGCCCCCGAGACCAAAUCGAAGCGGCGGCACAACAAUUCCUCUACGACUUCUUCAAACCCUACUACUCCCUCCUUCCCUCCUACAGCCCCACCGAUCCCAACUGCCAGCCAAGCGGGUGUCUAGCCACGGACUGGCUGCAUGAUGACCUGGCGGGUAACGGGAGCUACUGUAAUUUCCAGGUGGGACUGCAGGAAGGGGAUAAGGACAUUUUGACCAUGAGGCAUGGUGUGCCGGAGGAAGGGGUGUGGAUGGCGGGCGAACAUACGGCGACGUUUGUGGCGUUGGGGACGGUGACGGGGGCGUAUUGGAGUGGUGAGGAUGUGGCGAGACGGAUUGCGGAGGGGUAUGGGAGGGGGGUUGCUGCUGGUGCUGGUGCUGGGGAGAGGGAGGCGGCUGUUUGA